AUGUCGUCGCCAACGUGGAAUCUAGCAAAUCUAUCGUCAUUCGUAUUCGACCGUGAUCGUUAUCGACGUAGUGUAAGCGAACAAAGACAUAUUGUAACAACUCACGAGUAUCAUAGUUAUACACGCACUGAAUCACCUUGUGAAUAUCGAAAUUAUUGUGAAUAUUGUCCUUGUAUAAAUUGUCGCCGUUAUCGUCAACCAUCAUAUCGACAUCGUAUGAGUCGUCGACAAUCAUCAAAUUUUCCUCCAAAAGGGCAUCAAGAAUAUUAUUCUAGUGCUCAUUCGAUAAGAGAUGAAAUAGAACGAGGUAGUCCAACAGGUAUUGAGAUAUAUGUACAUCAGCAUCCACAAUCACCACAAUCAAGAUAUCAGCAGCAGCAACAACAACGACAUCCCUAUCAACCACAUCAUUUUCAUGAUACCAAUGAAUAUGAUAAUCAACGACAAUCACGUUCAUUGCAGAUUAAUCGACGCAGCACACGUGAAGUUCAACCAGGCGAUCAAACCGUACCAAGUACUACAAAUACUAGUCGACAAGACGAGGCUGUUAUUAAGCGAAGAUAUGCCUUCGCUGACAUUCUCGAAAGCGAACGUUCAUAUGUUGCUGAUCUUCAACGUAUUAUUGAAAUUUAUCUAUAUGAGUUAACUCGUCAAGAAUGUCCGUGGUUCGUCAAAGAAAAAAAAGAUCUUCUUUUCAGCAACAUUGAAGACAUAUUCGCAUUCCAUAAAGUAUUAUUCUUAAACGAUUUAACUAAUGCUAUUGAACAUGAUCCAAAUGAAUUGGCUUAUGUAUUUUUACGUCGACGAGAUCAAUUUUUAAAUCUUUAUUCUCAGUAUAUGUAUGAUCGUACACGAUCUGAACAUGUACUACAAACAAAUCCAAAUAUUCAACGUUAUUUCGAUGAAUUAAAACAACGAUUAGGUAUACAAACAAGUGAUUUAACACUUAAUAAUUUACUUAAUCGUCCUAUACAACGACUUGAAAAAUAUAAGAAUAUUUUACAAGAAAUGAUUAAAUAUACAAAUCGUAUGCGAGAGGAUAGUUCAGUAUUUCAACAAGCUUAUACAAUGAUAAGCAAUGUAAUGAAUGAAGCACGUCAACGUGAUGCAACUGAACUUAUUGAUAAUUUACCAUUUACAAAUGAUGAAUUAGGAGAUUUAAAACGUCAUGAUGUUGUUUUAAUUAAAACAACUGAUCAUGAUCUUGAUUCAAUAAAUGAAAAUGGUGCACGUUUACGUGAAAGAUUCUUAUAUUUAUAUCGUCAUAAAAUUAUUUUAUGUCGACGUAAACGUGUUGAUAGUAGAUUAGAACCAAAAUCAUUAGCUUUUAAACAAGCACAUAAUACAAAUGAAAUAACUUUUAUACAAGAAAAUUUUCCUGAUGAUGAUAAAAAAUUUGAAAUUACAUUUAAUGAUAAUGAACGUGUUACAUUUUAUGCUCGAAAUACUUUUUCAAAAAUAUCAUUAGUAAGAUCGUUACGAGAUAAUCUUAAAUCUCUUGGUUUUGUGGAAGAAAUUGAAAUGAUUGAAACAGCUGAAGGAGAUGAUGAUACACGACAAAAACGUCCAGCAACAAAAAAACGAACAGUGGAUGUUUUAGAAUCAUCAAUGUCCGAACAACAAAAACGUGGUCGUUCAUCCGGACAUACAACAACAUCGGGAGCAUCGGAUUUUUAUUCAGUUGGAAGUGAAAGUGAAUCAAGUUAUCAAACUGCCGGAGAAAACGAUGAUUUCAAACCAAAAUUUCUAAAAAAAUUAAAUGAUUCAUUAGCUACAGAGGGUGAUUUUGUCACAUUAGAAUGUAUAGUUAUUAGUACAACACCAGUUCAUGCUACAUGGUUUAAAAAUAAUAUACCUUUACAAGAUAGUGCUGAUUGUAGACAAGUACAAGAAGAUAAACAUUUUAAAUUAAUAAUUAAAGAAGCUUUUGUUGAAGAUGGAGGAAUUUAUUCGAUAAAAAUUUCAAAUCAUGCUGGAACAGUUACUUGCAGUUGUAAAUUAUUCGUCAAAGAAGAAAUGAGUGAUGAACGAACUAUUCGUGAAGAUUUAGUUAUUCGAGAAGGUUCAUCGCCGGAAUCGAAAAAAGAAACAACUGAUAACGAAGAUGAAUUACGUAUUACAGAAAUGGCAUAUGAUCAAGGUGGUGCAUAUAAAGUAACACCACAUAUUGGUCGAGCACCAAUUUUUCUUCAAUCACUUAUGCCAAUGAUAUCCAAAGCUGGUGAUAUUGUUACAUUAAAAUGUACUGUCACAGCAACGCCUAUGCCAUCUGCUACUUGGUAUAAAAAUGGACAAGAAAUUCAAGCAGGUGGUCGUUAUUCAGUAUUUCAUGAUCAAAAUGGAAAUUAUUCAUUAGUUAUAUCUGAUGCUUUACCACAAGAUUCAGGUGCAUAUGAAAUUACAGUACGAAAUCAAUAUGGUACAGCAAAUUCAAAAACAAAUCUACAAAUUCUUGAACGUGAGAGUGUUUUUAUUCCAAUUCCUAUAACACGUGUAUCAACAGAAGAACAUGGUACAGCUAAAUUAGCAUGUGCAGUUAAACGUUCGGAUGUUAAUGUUGAUUGGUAUAAAGGUGAUCAAGCAUUAUUUAUUGGACAACAAAAUGAAAAUACAAAAUAUAAACGUAUUGAUGAUGGUUUACAGCGAGAAUUAAUUGUUAAAAAUGUUUCAUCCGAUGAUCAAGGAGAUUAUGUUUGUCAAGCUGAUAAAUAUCGUGUAACACUUCAUUUGAAUGUUCAAGGACCUGCUGCUGAUUUUCCAUUUUUUGAAUGUCAAUUAACAAAAGAAGAUGCUCAAGUUGAAUGGUGGUUUCGUGGACAACCAAUAAUUUCAUCACAACAUCAUUUAAUUGCAUCACAUGGUUUUAUACGUCAAUUAAUUUUACCUAAAGUUGCAAUGAAUGAUGAAGGAGAAUAUUCAAUACGUGUUGAUAAUAAAAAUACUUCAACAGCACAAUUAUUUGUUAAAGAACAACCAAUUAUAUUUCGUCGUCCUUUGCGUUCACAAAUUGUCGAAGAAAGUUCUUCAACAAUAUCAAAUAGUGCUAUUUUUGAAUGUGAACUUAAUAAGCCAUUAAAACAAAUGUUAUGGUUUAAAGCAAAUGUUCAACAUUUAAUUCCAUCAGAUAAAUAUAUUAUCGAAUCAUUUGCUAAUGGUCUUAUACAUCGUUUGACAAUACAUAAUGUUAAUUUACGUGAUGAUGGAGAAUAUACAGCAUCAACUGGAUUAAAUACAUCACAAGCAAAAUUAACUGUUGAAUCUUUAAUGCCAAUAUUUGUUGUACCAUUAAUGGAUGCACGUGCAAAUACACGUGAAACAGUUAAAUUAUCAUGUGAAACAAGUAAUGCUUGUCAAGUUGUAUGGAUGCAUCGUGGAAAGAAAAUUAUUGAGAAUAGUUAUAAAUAUACACUAGGAAAUUUUAAUAAUUCAACAUUACAUACUCUUGAUAUUGAUAAUUUGGAAUUACGUGAUCAAGGUGAAGUUUUAUGUUCUAUUGUAAAUCAUCCAACUGUUUCCACUACAUGUCAAUUAAUUAUUGAAGAUGCUCAACAACAAUCGGCAUUCUAUUCACCAUUAAAACCAUUUAUGGAAAUUGUUCGUGGUCAAGAUGCUAUACUUAAUUGUGAAACAUUUGAUUCAACAUAUUUUCAAUGGCUUAAAGAUGGUACGACAUUAAUGGCAACAAGUAAUAAAUUUCGAACACUUGGUGAUGAUAAACAUACAACAUUAGUUGUUAAACAAUUUAAUGAACAUGAUGAAGGUGUUUAUACAUGUGUAACACGAGAAGGUCAUUCAACAUCAACAACACUUCGAACAGUUGAUCAUCGUGAACGAACACCACGUAGUGAAGAACGUUUUGGUUCAUAUAUGAAAAUUGAUUCACCACGUACAAGUCGAACACCUGAAUUAGGUGGAUAUCGUUCAAGUAUGAGUCCAACACAUAGUCGUUAUGUUCCAUCAUUAGCUGAAGAUAAUGAACGACAACAAUCACCACGUGUUGAAGAAACACGACGAACUAAAAAAAUUACAAUACAAGAAACAAGUGAACAACGUUUACCAUCAACAGCAACUAAAACAAGUUCGGCAACAUUUCGUCCAAGUUCAAGUCCAAGUCCACAACGUGAAUAUAUUCGUAGUGGUUAUUCAUCAGGUACAAGUCCUGAACGAGAACGUUUAUCAAUGCCACGUCAUUUUUCACCAUCAACAACAUAUAAAUCAUCAAAUCAAUUACAAGAUUUUGGACAUUAUAUUGAUCGUAGUUCAAAAUCUCCAUCGCCAUCACCAACACGUAAAACAAAUAUGACAUUUGCAAAUAUAACACCAACAACAAAAAUGCCACCUGUUUAUGAAGAACAAGAUGAACAUCAUCGACAUCGUUCAUCCGUUACAUUUUCACCAAGUCGAUCACCAGCUCGACAAUCCGUUGAAAGAAAAAUCGUUGAAAUGCAAAUACCAAUGAGUCCAACAUUAUCACAUCGUGAAUUAAAACAUGCACCAUAUCGUGAAGAAUCUAUUCCAGAAGAACGUUUACAAUUUUAUGAUAGUGAAACGUAUGAUAAACAAACACCAAUAUUUCAUCGAGAAGAACCUUAUGGUUUAAAUACAUCACGUAUACAAGUAACUGAAACAAUACCAAUCGUACAAAUAACACAACCAUUAGUUGAUACACGCGUUGAACAAGGUAAACCAUUACGACUUGUUGUUGAAACAUCUCAACCAGCAAGUGAAGCUAUUUGGUUUAAAACGGAUAUUUAUUCAACAGCACCUAAUCAAGCUAAAAAACUUGAUGAAAGUGGAAAAUAUCAUAUGAUAACACAGGGUACACGACAUAUACUUAUUAUACCAAAUGCAACAUCUGAAGAUAAUGGUGAAUAUAUAUGUCGUAUACAAAAUGCUAUGACUCGUGCACAAGUACAAGUAACUAAUGAAGAUUUACAAUUUAUUCGACGUUUACCACAAUCAAUUGAUGUUAUUGGUGGACGUGAUAUUAUUAUUGAAUGUGAAAUGAAUAAAAUGGAUACACAAGCGAUAUGGAAAAAAGAUAAUGAAAUUAUUCGAAUUCCUCAAAAAUUUCUUCCAAUGUCAGAAAAUAAAAAACAUCGAUUAAUUAUUAAAGAUGCAAGUACUGAAGAUUCCGGUCUUUAUACAGUUAUUGUUAAUGAUCUUGAAUCGACAACAUAUGUUAAUGUUACACCUGAACCAUUACUUAUAUUAAAACCAUUACAAGAUCAACGUGUACAUUCAGGUGAUACAGUCACGUUUACAUGUGUCUGUUCUAAAACACCAAAAAAUGUUCAAUGGUAUUUAAAUGGUUACCCAUUACCAAUAAAUGAACGUUAUCAAACAAAAUUAAUUGAUCGUGAAAUACAAUUAACAAUAAUUAAUGUACAAGAAUCUGAUGUUGGUACAAUAACAUGUUGUUUAAAUAAUACAAUAACAACAGCUAAUUUAACAUUAGAUGAUAAAGAUAAAACAUUAAAAUUUAUUAAAUUAUUAGAAGAUGAUGAUACAGGAAAUAUUCAAGUUGAUUCACCAUUUAUGCUUGAAUGUCGAACAAAUCGACCAACAUAUCAAAUACGAUGGUUUAAAGAUAAUAGAGAAAUUAGUCAAUUUGAUCAAGUUAUGAAAACUAUAUCAGAUGGAUGUACACAUGUACUUCAAAUAUCUCGUGCACAGUCUGAACAUAGUGGUCAAUAUCGAUGUGUUGUUGGUGAUCGUCUUGAAACUACUUGUCAUAUAACAGUUCGUGAACCUGAAUUUCGUUUUACUCAAUCAUUACCAUCAAAUGUUCAAUUUUCUCCACAAACUGAUACAUCAUUAACACUUGAUGCAACACUUAAUCGUAAACCAAGUCAUAUUCAGUGGUAUAAAAAUGGUAUCGAAUUAUUUCCAUCACGAAAAUAUGAACUUGCCAAUGAACAUCAUGUUGUUGCUUUAAUAAUACAUGAUUUAGCAUCUGAUGAUCAAGGUUUAUAUCGUUGUGUUAUUGGUAAAGGUCAAAUAACAAGUGAAUGUCAAGUAUCAAUGAAUUUAAUGAGUGAAAAUGAUCGUCGUUUAAUCAAACCAUUACAAGAUCAAAAUAUUUAUGUACAUGAUACAUGUACAUUAAUUGUUCAAUUUCAAGGUGAUGCACCUGAUGUUAAAUGGUAUAAAAAUGGUCAAGAAAUUCAUUCAAGUCCAAAAUAUCGUUUCAUACAUCAUGGAAAUGAACAAACAUUAAUUAUAAAUGAUUGUCAAUUAGUACAUGAUCAAGCUUAUUAUAGUUUACGUUUAGCAACAAAUACAAAACUUGAUUUAACAUCAUGUUAUGUUCAAGUUAAAGAUAAAUUUGUUAAUAUAACAAAACAUCUUGAACCACAACGAUGUAUUCUAGGACAAGAACCACAGGUUCAAUUUGAUAUUGAAACAACUCCAACAGAUAAAAAACCAAUAUGGUAUUUUAAUAAUCGACAACUUGAUAAUACAACAAAAUAUGAAUUAAUAUCAAAUGAUAAUACACAUCAUUUAUUAUUUAUUCAUCAACCUGAAUUAUCUGAUCAAGGACAAUAUACAGUUUCAUUUCCUGAAAGUGAUCAAUCAUCAACAGCUAAUUUACAAGUUUUACAAACACCAUCAACAUUAGAUUUUAUUCAACCACUUGAAGAAGUAUUUUUAUGUGAAGAAGGUGAUAAUUUUGUUCUUGUUACACGUACAAAUAAACCUACACAUGUUAGUUGGAUGAAAAAUGGUUAUAAAUUAUCUUUAAAACCAAAAUUAGAUUCAUUACCAACCAAUGAACAUCGUUUAUCAAUUGAAAAAGCACAAAAAUUUGAUCAUGAAGGUAUCUAUACAUGUAUAAUUGAUGCAAAUAAUAUUGCAACACAAUGUCAAGUUAAAAUACUUGAACGUGAAUUACAAUUAAUUCAACCAUUACCAAAACAAAUACGUUUAAAUGAACAUGAUACAUUAACAUUAAUAUGUGAAACAAAUCGUAAACCAAAAAAAGUACAAUGGUUUAAAGAUCAAUCAAAUAUUCCAUUGGAAACAAAUAAUUCAUUAAUGAUUAUCAAUGCUGAUGAAACAUGUACAUUAAUUAUAAAUAAUAUUAAUAAAUUUGAUUCGGGUACAUAUACAUGUCGUCUUGAAGAUCGUUUAAUAACUGUUUCGGAUGUUAAAAUACAAGAAUCAGCACCACAAUUUAUUGAUGGACCACAAUCUUAUCUGAUUUGGAAACGACGUGAAGAUGGACCUGUUGCAACAAUUAGUUGUACAUUAAAUAAACCAAAUGUACCUGUUAAAUGGUUUCUUGAAAAUAAAGAAAUUCAACCGAAUUUAAAUAAUAAAUUUGAAAUUAUAUCUGAAGGUUCAAUGCAAUGUUUAUUAAUACAUGAUGUACAAAAAGAAGAUUCAAAUAAAUAUGUUAUUUCAUUAGGACCUAUUUAUCGUGCAUGUCAUUUAGAAGUUGUUGAUGAUGCGGGAUUAUCAACUGAUGAUGAAAAUUCUGAUCGACUUUUACAACCUUUAACUACACUUCAACGACAAGAAAUUAUGGAAGGUGAUUCUUUAACAAUUGAAGUUUCUCCUGAUACAAAUAUUCAAUCACUUUCACCAAAUCAAUUUCGUUUAUUAAAAAAUAACCAUCCUAUAAAUGAUUAUUCACGUAUUAAAUUUGAACGUGAUACAUCCAUAGGAAAUUUAAAUCGAUGGGUUAUACAUUUAAAUGAUGUUGAUUUAACUGAUUCAGGUGUUUAUUCACUUGAAAUAAAUAAUCAAGCACGACAAGAUUUACUUGAUUUAUUUGUUAAAAAACGUCCAAUACAACGACAAUUAAUAACAUUACCUAAAGAUGAAUUUUAUUUACAUGAAACAAUCACACUUGAAUGUAAAUUUGAACGACCAAUAAAAACGAAAAAACUUCAACCAACAUGGUUUAAAAAUGGUCGUCCAAUUCAAUCAUCAAAUCGUCAUUUAGUUAAUAUUGAAAGUCAAAUGCAAGAUGGUCCAACAAAAUAUUCAUUAACAAUAAAAAAUGUUGAUUUUAGCGAUGAAGGUGUUUAUGAAUUACGUAGUGAUUAUCUUGUUGUUGAAACUCCAUUUAUUCGUAUUAUUGAAAAACCUAUUCAACCAACACCUGUACGUACAGUAACUGAAGGUGAUAGUCUUCAAAUUGAUGUUAAUAUUGAUCAACAAAUCUCACCUGAAAAUAUACUUGAUCAAAUAACUGUUUUAAAAGAUAAUCGUCCAAUAAUAAAUAAACCUGAAAUACAUAAAUCAUUUGAUGGUAAUCAAUUUAAAUUAGAAUUAAAAAAUUUAGCAUUAAAUGAUCGUGGUUUAUAUGAAAUUGAUAUUCAAGGACAACGUACACCGAUUUGUUUACUUGAUGUUAAAGAACGUCAACCAGAAGUUUUUCUACUUGAAUUAGAUCGAAAUAUAUUUGAAGAAGGUGAAACAAUACGUUUAGCAUGUACAUUUCCACAACGACCAGGUCCAACAUCAAAUUGGUUUAAAGAUGGACAAUUAAUUCAUCCAAAUGAAAAUAUUCAAUUAAUUGAUGAAAAUAAUACAUUAACAAUUAUUAUACGAAAUGCUAGACGUACAGAUUCAGGUAUUUAUGAAGUUCGUAUUGGUCCAGUUAUUGCUCGAGCACCGAUGAUUCAAGUUUUACCAAAACAACAACAACCCGAUAUACCAAUACAAAAUGUUCGUGAAGGUGAUACAGUUACAUUAUCAGUUGAAGGUUUACAACCUAAUAUUCGACCUCAAGAUAUACAUUUAUUAAAGAAUGGAAGAAAAAUAAUGCCAUCAGAAAAACCCAAAAUAUUAAUUAAACGUGAAGAUGAUAAACUUCGUAUUAUAUUACAAACAUUAGGACUUGAUGAUUCAGCUUUAUAUAGUGUACAAAUACAAAAUGAUAUGCAUCCAUUAGCACAAAUUGAAGUUGAACCACGUCAACCAGAAAUUCAAGAAAUGCAACUUGAACAAGAUACAUUUUUUGUUGGUGAUACAGUUACACUUGAUCUGGAAUUUACAAAUGAACCAACUGAAUUACCACGAUGGACUAAAGAUAAUAUUCUACUUAGAAAUAAUGAUCGAGUAACUAUUGAAAAUGUUGGUAAUCGAGUUACUUUAAUCGUACGAGAUUUACGAUUAGAUGAUGCUGGUAUUUAUGAAGUUCAAAGUGGCCCAUUAAUUGUUCGCACACCAUUUAUAAAUGUUAUUGAACGAGAACAAGAUGUAACUGAAAUUGUUGAUGAAACUGUAACAUAUACAAUUACACCAAAUCCUCCUGUACAACCAAUUGAUACAAAAACUUGUACUAUUAAAGAAGGAGAUAAUGUUACACUUAAAAUAGCUUCACAAACUCCAAUAACAGUUCAUGAUGUACAAUUAUUUAAAAAUGGUCAACCAAUAAUCUAUGAUAAUGAAACAUUAAAACAUCUUAAAAUUGAACAAAAUGGACCUAAAGAUGUUCGUUUAAAUAUAGUCAAUGCUCGUUUAAGCGAUACAGGUGAUUAUAGUGCAUUGAUCAAUGGUAAUAUUCAACCAAUAAUAACACUUCAUGUUCAACCACGUGAAAUGCAAAUACAAAUGAUUGAUUUACCACAAGAUACAUUUAAUGAAACUGAAACAUUAAGAAUUGAUUGUCAAUUUCUUCAACCAAAUAUAAAUAAAGAUUAUAAAUGGUACAAAGAUAAUCAAUUAAUAAUACCAAAUGAUCAUACUGAAAUACAAAAAGAUUCAUUAAAUGAUUUAUUAAUAAUUCAUAAUUUAAAAUUAACUGAUGCUGGUGUUUAUGAACUUAAAAAUUCGAAUACUAUUUUACGUACACCACCCAUUAAAGUUCUUCCAUAUCAACAAACACCAAAUAUUCAACAAUUACGAUCACAAGUGGCUUCAAAACUUGUUCAUGAAGGAGAUACUGUUACAUUUGAAUUAGCACCUAAUUUUGAUGUACCAUUAAAUAAAAUCGAAUUAUUUCAUGAAGAAAAUCCUAUAACACAUGAACCAUAUGUUCAUAUGACAAAAGAUUAUAAAACAAAUUCAAUCACAGUACAAAUUGAAGAUAUUAAAAUGCCUGAUCAUGGUUUAUAUACCGCUGUUGUACAAGGUCAAUCAGUACCAUUAGCUGAAUUAAUUGUUGAACCACGACCAUUAGUUAUACAAAAUAUGGAUUUACCAAAAGAUGUUUUUUAUACGGAUGAACGUCUUGAACUUGAAUGUGAAUUUCCACAAGUACCUAAAGGUGAACAACCACAAUGGUUUAAAAAUAAUCAACCAUUACAAUCAACAUCAAAUGUUCAUAUAUUAACUGAAAAUAAUGGACGAAAACAUUCAUUAAUUAUUGAACAUUUAAAACCUAAUGAUACAGGACAUUAUGAAUUAAGAGUUAAAGGUUUAAUUGUUCGAACACCAUUAAUACGUGUUAUUGAACGAGAACAAAUACAAAUUGAUGAACAACCAACACCAUAUAUUGUUACAGAAUUUGAUGAUGAUCAAAAUAGACUUAAACCACAAACAGCACAAAGACGAUUAAGUAAUGUUAUGAUUGAAGAUAUUACUGAUCAAGAAAAUAUUUCAUAUCAACCAUCAUUUUAUGAAGAUACCCAACGAGUUCAAGAAGGUGAUUCAAUUAAAUUCAAAGUUGUUAGUACACUUGAUGUAAGACCAAAUCAAAUUCAUGUAUUACAUAAUGGUUUACCAGUUGAUAUGAAAAAACGUCCAUCAAUUACUGUUGAUCGUGUA